UGUGAGUAUUAAUUAUUGGAGUAAUGCGUAUCAUUAUAGAACUUUUGGAUUUGACUAAUGCAUACUGUGAAACUGAUCUCAAGAGACAUUGCAUCAACAUAGUAAAGCAAGAGGUCACUGUAAAAAACGUCAUACCUCUCUACAACUCCGUUAUCAAGAAGAAUAUGCAGGAGCUGGAGAAGUUUUGCUUCGAGUUUGCUUUGGAGCACACGACAGCCGUGUCGAUGUCAGAAACUUUCGCCGAGCUAGAUGACGUUAGCACAUUAAGGACUUUUAUAAUUAAAGCAGCCAGUGCCAAUGCUUUUAGGACCUAAUCCGUUUUGUACUAUAAAAGGGGGUUCAAAAUCUGAAUCCAUGCAGAAGGAAAUUAUUUUCAGCAAUGUCUUUAAGUGUCUUUAAGUUUUUUUACCACAGUUUGUUAUAAAUAAAAAGUGUUUACAACUUGGAAAG